GUCGCCGUUCACAGGGACUUCCCAGACCAGGCUCUGGCUUGACAUCUCACCGACCGACCACAAAGUUUUGUUGCAGCAUCUUGAGAAAAUAAAGGUAUGAAGCCUGUCCCUCUGCUCCUGCUCCUCUCCGCGGUCCUCCUCUCGUCAUACCUCCGCACCGCCGCCGGCAGACCGCGGAUCUUCCCCGGCUGGUUGGAUGACAGCGGCCGCAUCCAGACUCAGCAGCUGGACGAGGUGCUCCUCAGAGCCGCCGCCGCCGGAGACAGCGUUGCCUCGGCUAUGCUGGGAGACAACAUGCUGAGGUUUCUCCAGAGGAGGAACCCGGAGCCUCACCGCCUGCUGCCCCUGGAGGAGGACGAGGGCAACACGGCGGAAGAAGUGGCGAGGACGGCGGCGCAGCUGUGGAAGCGGAGCGAAGAGCCGCCGCUGUCCAUCGACCUGACCUUCCACCUGCUCAGAAACAUGAUCCAGAUGGCCAAAAUGGAGAGCCAGCGGGAGCAGGCCCAGCUCAACCGCAAAGUGCUUGACGAGGUCGGGAAGUGAAGCAAUAAAAGUAGAAGAAAUUUUGCCUACUUUCAACCGCCGUGACAUUAGUUUUGUUUUUGUUCGUGCGCCUGCCUUCCUCCAGUCCUGUCCCUCAUUUUACGCACAGCCGGUGCGGUUACACACCUCUGCAUCCGCGCGAAAAGUAAGUCCUUCGCGAAACCUUCAAACUUUAUCGGAAAAUCGGCUCCUGAAUGAAUGGCACGAGUGUCCGCCCUCGUCACCCCUUCCUUCCCCAGCACUGGAUUCCUGGUGGACCUGUGUGACCGUCGGCUGUAUUUUUGAUAAUUACUGGAUUUCAUGAUCAUAGCUGAUGUUGUGAUAUAGUGUGAGCUGGAAAAGCAGAGUAACCUUUCUUCGUGAUCAAUGGUUUAGGCUAGAGGUUCAGUAUUUCACCUUGCAGUUCUGACUGGUAAAAUGACAGAUAGGAUAAUUACAAACCUAGGAUAAUUCCAAAACACAUGAGACAGGGGCGUCUGCCUUAUUUCGUUGUGGUUUUUAAUGUUUAAAAAUCCGGCACGUCUUAAACAGAUUAGCUGACAACUCAUUUGCAUGACUGAUUGAAAAAUAAUUAAAUUUUUGAUGUAAAGCAAACGAGAUGACCUUAUACAGAAUUAAUGAUGUGUAUGGUGGAUUUUAAUUAUCAUCCUCCAGUUUGUCCUCUUCAGCCUCAGCAGCCAAAUAAGGAGGAAAUAUUUCACAAGAUUAGUUUGUGGCUCUUUGGCUUGUAACCACCACAUAACUGCAUUUGCAUUUAGAUAUCUAACUUUUAAGAUACACAACUCUAGAAUCAAAUGGUUCUUCAUUACUAUUUAUUUAAAACAAGGGAAAACCUCACUGGUUAGACAAACACAAAAUUACCAAUUUAUGUUUUCAAAAAAUAAUUAUUUUUUUUCCUCCUUAAAUUAAUAAAGAAACGAGUCGUUUUUCAUGGAGCAGCUGCAGCAGUGUUUGUUCCUCUAUGGAGAAGUGUCUGCUUUCGGUUCUUACACUGGCUCGCUCAGAAAUGGAGAGGGGUUCUAGGUUAUUUGUCAAAGUAAAGAACUCAAGGGUGGUUCCUCAAACACUGGAUGUCUGUGAUGGAAUGAAGUAGGUCAACUAGAAAGUUCAGUUUUCAAAAUCGGAAUGCUCUGAGGAAAGCUGAGUAAAUUUAUGUGGGCUGGAUGAACGUGCAAAUCAUUAUUUUGUGUCCAGCUUCAGAUUAGAAGGCUUGAAAAUCCUAAAUCCCCCUCUGAGGUUCUCUGACUCUGUGUCUGUGAUGUGUUAAAUGUCUGACUGAUGAAUUGGAUUUGUUUGAAGUACGCAGCACAUGUGAUUAUGUGAUAUACAGAUAGCAUGUGUUAAAUAUGGUAAUGCUGGCAAAGACACUGAUGCAGGGUUGGUUGUGCCGGUUAAUCCUACAUUGUUUGCAAACAGGAAAUCACUGUCACCCGUGUGUAAAAUGAUGUCGUUUCACAAGGUUUGUAAUUAUUUACCUGCAGCCACACUCAUCUGGUUCAUCAGGAGAUGUGGGAAUACCUCCCAGAUUUCCUUUCUGGUUGGGGAAGAUGCAUAAUCAGUCAAUAUGCACAUUCAGCACGUAGCUAUUGAAUAUGCAUUUUUUUCUGAGUGAUGUGCAUCGUCUCCCCUGAAUUGUUUAAUUUACUAGGAAAUCUGGAUAAUCUCAGUUUCCCACAUUUACUGUAACAUAGCUUAUAUACAUAUGUAUACAAUUAAGGUUGUGAGGAAGGCAAGCCAAACUUUUUAAGAUUCAACCAAACUGAUUAUUUCACUGUCUAAACUAUCAGCUCUUCCCUCCCCUCUCCUCUUUUCUUUACCUUACUUUGACUGAGAGCACUAUCAUCUGUACUGUACUGCCCAUAGCAUGCCAAACCUAAAAAAAGAAAAAGAAAAAGAAAAAAAAGAUGUUUCAUUGGGUUCAUUGUAAACUGUUUUGUCUGAUGUCUGGCUCCUGUUAUAGACAUCUUUUUUGCAGUAAAGAAAAAGCUUGUCUUUUUUUUUCCAUUUCUAUUUUGUAAUAAAAAAAAAAAAGUUCGGAGUAAAAUCGUGACUUUUGAUUCUGUCAUUGUAGUAGCUAUAAAGAAGUAGGCUAGUGUUUCAGCAGUAAUAAAGUACAAUGUUCAUCUGACCACUACAAGGUCAUAAUGAUGUCUGAUGUUCUCCAUUUUGUGAUAAGGCGCACACUAUGUCGGCCCAAAAGUGUCUGCCACUGCAGUCCAGCCACAGGGGCUCGGAAAAAUAGUGGAAACCAGAGAC